AUUAUUACACAAUUGUCUUACUUUUCUCCAAUAAUAUUUUUGUGUAUAAAAUAUAGGCCAUGGAUCAUUUACAGCUAUAAGUUUAGUUAAAUAUUGAAACAAAAUUAAUAAAUAUGAACAAAAUUUAAUAAAAUUAUAAUAUUCCCGAUAAAUUCCCGGUAUAAGGAAUGUUCCGGAAAUUUUCCCAUCAUAAAAUUCCUGGGAAUUUGCACAUCACUAGUCGUAUAUACAUUUAGGUUGAAAUCGUCGGCAUCGCCGUUGAUGAUGAGGCGGCGGUAGGCGAUAUAAACGAUAUGGUCGAAGUCGUCGAAGCCGAAGCGUCACCCGAAAUAGUCGACGUCGAUCCGUUCGAAUUCGAAGUGGUCGGGGCUCCCGUCGAACCGUCGCCCGAAUUCGUCGAUGUCGGGUUGGACGACCUUGCCGCCGUCGUCGGAGUUCAAAACGAACCAGCCCUCGACGUCGCUCCGUCUGAAGACGAUCGACGGGGUGCUAAUCCGGAACGAGAGCAAGCCGGCGGUGUUGUUAAAGCUGUACCCGUGCAACCGGUCGAACUCAUAGCUCACGUGCGAGACGUUUUACCGGAGGAGAAUUGCAUUGGCCCAAUGAAUUACGUUUGCGCGCAUUGUAACGCACGUCAUUUCGGCGUGGAAAGGUUAAAUAUUAGUAACGAUGCGCGGUCUUAUUUUUCUCUGUGUUGCUCUAAUGGUUUGGUCGCCCUCGCGGACGACCAAGUAUUAUUACCUGUUCCAGAUCUGUUGAAGGACCUGAUGCUCGGCUAUUCGGCACAAUCGCGAUCCUUUAGAGCGGAAAUCCGUCCAUACAACAGCGCGCUGGCGUUCCCUUCGUUCAUAGUGAACGAUCCGCCGCCGAUAGAGGCUCGGCCCGGCCGCCGGUUGCCCGGCAGCGUGUUUACCGCACACGGACAGAUGUACCACAGGUAAUGGAUGCGAAAAUUUUUCCUCGACUAAUUUAUCGGCAAUAUUACCGUAGGGUAGUUAUUAUUUUUGUAAUAAAUUACAAUUACAAUUACACCGCACCGUUUUAUUAGUUGUUCUCAUAAAUUUAUAAAAUUCACAUUGACGAAGUAACCGGACUCCAUAACGUUUAUCGUACGUGCACUUAACAAAUUGUUUACAAGUUUUAUAUCGACUUUAGUUUUAAAAUAUUUUUCGUAUUUCGUUUGUAAAAACUUAGGAAACUAAUAUGUAAGCUUAUUUAAAUUUAAUAUUCAUUAUUUAUUCAUAUCAGAUAAAUAUUUCGUAAUGACUAUUCGUUUCAAACGACUAUAACCGUCGAAUUAAAUUUAAUCAAAGCGGAUUCAAUUUUUACCGUUAUUAUUAACGAGUCCACCUCGAUUCAAAUCAAUCGAUCCUUACGGCCGUUCACAUUAACUAAUAUACAUUUACUGUUUGUUUUUUUUUUCGCAUGGCGACGGCGUUCUUUUAGUGUGGAUAAUUAAUAUUUUACGAAUAUCUAUCAGAGUUCAAAAUUAUAAAUUCCGUUUGUUCACGGACAAAACGAUAACAAUGAUUGUUAUAAUUAUUAUUGUUGUCGUUAUUAUUAAUAAUAUUCUUACUAAUAGCUACAAUUAACAUAUUAAUAUCGAUCACAUAUAACGAUGAUAAUAAUAAUAAGUAAAUAAAUAGGACAACGGCAAAAAUAUGUAGAUUCAAUACUGUUGCAACGCCGCGACUUUUCAUGCUAUGUAUCAUUGACUGGCAAAUUUAAAUUUUCCACGUCGAUUCGAUAUAAUCGUAACAUUAAUUUACGUGUUCAUUACAAAUAUUUUUUCAUUGUUAUAGCCGAUGUUUCUUCAAUAGUGUUUGAUCCCCGUAUAUAAAUUCAUAAAAUGUUUAUUAAAGCGUGUAUUCACACGUUGAGGUAAAAAACAAAGUAUGCAAAUCACUACAGUGUACGACAUGCUUAUUUCAUUUAUUAUUUAAUUGCUUUUAUUUAUAAUAAAUAUUUCAUUUUAGACGAUAAUAAUAAUGAUUAUUUGACAAUAUCUAUUCAAAGUACACGGGACGGUUUUGUUUCGUUUUUUCUUUUAUAGCUCGCGCAAUAACGGCAAGAGCGAUGAAUUUAAUUAUUAAUCGUUC